AUGUCGAAUUUAACGGAUAAACAGCGAGAAUUUCACUUGCAGAAAAUGCGAACUCGAUUUAACAGGUUAGAUCUGAAUCAGGAUGGUUUCAUAUCUCGCGAGGACUACGAGCUCAUGGCCACAAAAUUGCAAGAAUAUGGUAAACUGGACGAAGAGAAAGCCGAACGGACACGUAAUGCAAUCACAUCUGUUGCCGAUAGGAUGGGUCUUAAACCUGGAGUAAAGAUCCCUGCAGAAGAAGCAGCUCAAAAAGCAAGCAAAGGAUUCCUUUCCAUGACACACGAUCAACAGCUGGCCAGCAUAAAAACAUUUUAUCCAAUCUUUGAAGCCUUAGAUCUCAAUAACGAUGGCUCCAUCUCCCUAGAGGAAUUCAAGGUGUAUUUUCGAAUAAUUGCACCCGAUCUUUCUGAUGCUGAUGUGACUCACACCUUUAACAUGAUUGAUUCGGACAGGAAUGGCGAAAUUAGUCGCGAGGAGUUCAUGGCUGCUGGUUUCGAUUUUGUCUAUGGGGUUGAAGAAACAGAAAUUUCAAAGGUGUUCUUUGGACCUUUAAUGUCGUAA